AUGUCUUCUUCGCUAUUUAUCACUUCGCGCCUUGCCCUGCGUUCAGCAGCCCGAAAUGCUGCUCUUGAAAUUCCCCGAGUAGCGAAACUCUCCACUACCUCGUCGGUGAGGGCGUUGGCCUCGCGGAACCUCACUCGUUCGACGGCGCUUACCCCCGCGGCACGCACCGUCCCGCGGUUCACGCAAGUGCGGAAUGCUGGCACAAGCGCACAGUACGAGCAGAAGGGGUGGAGGAAGCUGAUUCGGAACCCUUUCUUCUGGUCGGUCUUCAUAUUGAUCACUGUCGGUGCCGGGUACGAGCUCGGCGCGCGCGGCAUGGACAAGCUCGCUGCGCAGAUCGGGCCCCUCCUCGAUGAGGCAGCGAAGUACGACGAGUUCGAGACGCUCGACCUGAACGACGACCGGCUGCUCGUGUACCAGACGCUGUGCUUCCUGGCCACGCUGACCCGCCUGGCGGACGCGAAAGCGUGGCGGACGGAGAAGGAGGCCGUCAUCACCUGGAACCCGACGGAGAAGGUCGUGCUUGGGGAGGAGGUCGCCAACGGCGGGCGCAUCGUCAUCCCCCUCGCGUCCGACCCCAUCGAGCUCUCCGCGCACACGCGCGCCAUCCUGCGCGAGUUCUGCGACCGCGCGCACCAGAUUGUCGCGGGCCGGCACGAGCUGCCGCAGACGACGCUCGUGGACGAGACCUUCAGCCUGCCGCAUAUCUUCAUGAAGCAGAUUCACCCGAUUAUGCGGGACGUGGAGAAGUUAAGAGACAGGCUGUUCUAUCCGAAUGCGCCGUUGGGCGCGGGGGCGCAAAGACAAGUGUAG